AAUGAUGCUAUAGAAUUCAAGGAUGUAUUUAUGCGACUUGUGGCCCGGGAUCCUAAUUUUGAUAAUGCGCCAACUGAGGAAGAUUGGUCUCAAGGCAUUAUUAUUUGUAACUUCUUAAAGGUUUUUCAUCUUAUAACUGAAGUUUUUUCACAAACAAAAAAUCCAACUGCAAAUUUGUAUUUCUAUGAAAUUUGGAGAAUCAAUAUGCUCUUGAUUGAAGAAUCUAGAAGUUCAAAUGCAGUUGUGAUGAUGAUGGCUUUAAAGAUGCAAGAAAAAUUUGACAAGUAUUGGAAGGAAUGCUCUCACAUUCUUGCUGUAGGGGUUGUUCUUGAUCCAAGACAUAAGAUGAAUCUUAUUAUUUAUUGCUUUCACACAAUCCAUGGUAAUGGUGAUCGUGCUUCAUUUGAGAUCAACAAAGUGCGUGAAGUUCUUCAAACUUUUUAUGAUAAUUAUGCAAUUUUAUAUGGCACAAAUGUCUCUCUUGUUCAAGUGGAUGAGAGGGUGUCUACAUCCCAAGGUGGAAGAGAUGAGAAUCGUUUUAUGCAUGGCUAUAAAGAAUUCAUCCACGGAGUACAAGUUACCCAACCAUCGAAGUCAGAAUUAGAGACCUAUUUGGAAGAGAAGGUUCAUCCAUUAGAAGAUCAAAAUUUUGACAUUCUACAGUAUUGGAAAUUCAAUGAAUCAAAAUAUCCAAUAUUGUCUAGGAUGGUACGUGAUAUCUUGGCAAUUCCCGUUUCUACCGUUGCAUCUGAGUCUGCCUUCAGCACUGCUGGCAGGGUUUUGGAUGAUUUUCGUAGCAGUCUAUCUCCGAAUACGGUUGAGGUAUUGAUAUGCGCACAAGAUUGGCUUCGAGAUAGCUUGCCUCAUCUUGCAGAUAUUCCACCUCCUCAUACAAAAUACAAGGUUGAAGAUUACGAAACUGUUGUUGAUAUUAAUACCGAUGAUUAGCUUAUGCUGGAUGGUGGUAAUCUAUCUUAACUGAUGUUCUUGAUUGUUUCUGCCGUGCGGGUGAUCCUUUAGCUGUGGUCGAAUGGAUAAAGAAAAUUGUG